GUAGGUGUCAUGUGAAAGAUGGCGGCGUCCAGGGGAGGCUGAGGGCUCUGGGAACGUGGUGAAAGGUUUCCGUACAGCCCCAGCGGCUAGCGUCCGAAGGAUUCUUUCUCUGUUUUCUGCCCUCUGGCUUCGCUGCACGCGUCCUCCCAGGUCCUACGGCGCGAUGUGGAGGAGCUGCCUUCGGCUGCGAGGCCGAGGGCAUUGCCUCCUGAACCGGUCCCCGAGUGAUCCCACCAUCUCUGUGAGUCAGGGGCCAGGUCCCCAGCCCCAGGCCCGGGCCUACGCUCCCCCGACAGAAAGGAAGAGGUUUUAUCAGAAUGUCAGCAUCACACAAGGUGAAGGUGGCUUUGAGAUAAAUCUGGACCACAGGAAGCUGAAAACUCCCCAAGCCAAGCUCUUUACUGUCCCCAGUGAGGCCUUGGCCAUUGCGGUGGCCACUGAAUGGGACUCCCAGCAGGAUACCAUCAAGUUCUACACAAUGCACCUGACCACAUUGUGCAACACAUCCUUGGACAACCCAACCCAGCGCAACAAGGAUCAGCUGAUCCAGGCAGCUGUGAAGUUUCUGGACACUGACACCCUCUGCUACAGGGUGGAAGAGCCAGAGACAUUAGUGGAACUUCAAAAGAAUGAAUGGGAUCCAAUCAUAGAAUGGGCUGAAAAAAGAUAUGGCAUGGAGAUUGGCUCCUCCACCAGCAUAAUGGGACCCAACAUCCCUGCGAAGACGAGGGAGGUGCUCAUCAGCCACCUAGCAUCUUACAACAUGUGGGCCUUACAAGGGAUUGAAUUUGUAGUGGCCCAGCUCAAGUCCAUGGUGCUGACGUUGGGUCUGAUUGACCUACACCUGACUGUGGAGCAGGCUGUGCUGCUGUCACGCCUGGAGGAGGAAUACCAGAUCCAGAAAUGGGGCAACAUUGAGUGGGCCCAUGAUUAUGAGCUGCAGGAACUGAGGGCCCGCACUGCUGCUGGCACCCUCUUCGUCCACCUCUGCUCCGAGAGUACCACAGUCAAGCACAAGCUCCUGCAGGAGUGAGCCCUGGGCUACUGGAUGGCGUCUGCCACAUCCACAUUUCCCCCAGCCUGGGACUUCCUGGACCACACCUGCAGGGCUCCCCUGGCCUUUGGGGAUUAGUCUUGCUCAGCAUCAUCCUGAGAUGUCUCCGAGAUACAGUGGAUGUCCAAAGGUCUGCCUGGUUGCAAACCAGGGGCCCGUGACCCGGCCAGCGGUGAGUGAGGAGGAUGAAUUGUACAAAAGACUUUCUCUUGACCCUGAUUUUAUUAAAAAUUUCUCCACCCUGGAAAUGUGUCAAGCCCCAUUUUCAUCUGUGCCUCUACAUUUCUCCAUUCUCGUUUUGUCUGGGUUUUGUCACCAAGGUUGAACAGCUUAUCUCCCAUGGCACAUUUUGAUAUCUGCUGCCCAUGGUCAGGAGCCUCAUGCUGGGAAACAAUCAUGUCACCAACAGACAACUCUAUUUGUGUGUUCAGUCCUCAGCCUGAAGACUUCCCCCACCUCAUUCUCAUCAAACAAUCUUUUGAAAGCGAGUCCUUCUUGGUCUAAACUGGUUGUUUCCACUUGUUCCUACUGUUCUAGAAAAAAAAGAUUUAGUCUUAAAAAUGGAAAGUAUAGGUGGUUUCUGGGUUAAAAGCCUGGCGGGUCUGGCAAAGUCACCUGACAUGCACUGCUUAAUUUCUAUCUGGAAUAUCCCCCAAAGGCCCAUGCAUUAAAAACUUGUUCCCCAGAGUGGCACUAUUGGGAGUCAGUAGAACCUUUAAGAGAUGAGGCCGAGAGGGAGGUCUUUACGUUAUUGGGGAUGUGCCCUUGAGGGGGACAAUGGUACCCCAGCACCUUUUGCUUUCUGGCCACAAGGUAGCAGUUUUGCUCUACUGUGUACUCCUGCAAUGAUGUGCUGCCUCACCACAGGCCCCAAAUCAAUAAGGCCAACUAAUCAUGGACUGGAUCCUCUGAAACUG